AUGGACAUGGAUGUAGAAGCAAUGCUGGACGCUCCGUUCCUGGAGAAACCUAAAGAAGAGCAGGCUGAGCGAACAGAACGUGAGCGAGAUGAACCAAAAAGCAGCAGCCACCGCCACGAUCGAGACGCUCGCGACGAUGAACGCCGCUCUCGUUAUUCAUCCAGUUCCAGACAUCGACGUUCUUCUCGAUCGCCCCGUCGUCGGUCCGAUUCACGGUCACAUCGUGAUCGCUCGCCAUCGCGUUCUCGCUCUAGACAUAGUAGUAGAAGAUAUCGUAGUCGUUCCCCCUCUUAUGGUAGACGUAGACGCUCACGUUCCCGUGAUAGGAGAAGAAGCCGCAGUCCUAGAAGAAGACGGGAUGACAGCGCUGAACGUAGCGAGCGAAGAAGAAGACGGGCACGUUCGCCUUCACCACCGGUUCCAGAAGAAAUGAGAGACAGACGUACUAUCUUUGUAACGCAAUUGGCUGCACGAUUAACCUCGCGUGAACUUGAAGAUUUCUUCUCGCAAGCUGGCAGAGUGAGAGACGCAAGAAUCAUAUCGGAUCGAAACUCACGACGUUCAAAGGGUGUUGGGUAUGUCGAAUUUCAUGAAGAAGAUUCGGUUCAAAAUGCUUUAGGAAUGUCUGGUCAAAAACUUCUAGGUAUUCCUGUACUUGUGCAAAUGUCUGAGGCCGAGAAGAACCGCUACGCUUUAGCAGCCCAGCAAAAUAUGAUGGGAGGUGGACAGGAACAUGUGUAUCAAAGAUUGUAUGUGGGUUCCAUUCAUUUCAGUCUUACUGAAGAAGAUCUUCGUCAGAUAUUCGAACCAUUUGGACCGCUGGAUUUCGUCAACCUUCACAAAGAUCCGGAAACUGGACGAUCGAAAGGAUAUGCAUUUAUUCAAUACAAAAAUGCACCUGAUGGCAGACAGGCUCUUGAAAAGAUGAAUGGCUUUGAUCUGGCUGGACGCAAUCUCAAAGUCGGAUUGGUGACUGAUAAGCCGGGUGCUCCCGCGCCUUACACUAAUCUUGAUGACGAUGAUUCUGCCGGUCUUGCGUUGAAUUCGCUGUCGCGAACUGAGUUGAUGCACAAGCUGGCAGCCAGACAAUCAGAUGCUUUGGAACAAGAAUACAAGCAGGAAAUGCCUACACCUCAGUCUGUUUCUCGUCCCAGUAUCCCCAUGAAGGCUUCGCGUACAAUCAUGCUGAACAACAUGUUCAACCCUGAAGAGGAAACCGAACCUGACUGGGUCCAGGAUCUUACUGCUGAUGUAAAGCAAGAAUGCUUGCAAUAUGGCGAAGUAGAACACAUUCAUGUCAACCCCGAUUCUUUGGGCGAAGUAUAUCUUAAGUUCAACAGUGUCGAAGCAGGAGAAAAAGCACUAGGCUCGUUGAAUGGAAGAUGGUUUGGUGGUAAACAAGUUACAGCGGUCUUCGUACCUGAAGCCAUCUAUAAUGCCAAGUUCUCGCUGUGA